AAUUAUCACACUAUUCCACAGACUGUGGACUCGCAGGCGAGUUAUGGUUUAUAACACGAUGCGGCACAGUAGCGGAGCGAGCUCGCGUUGCGCAUCAUGCAAAUAUCUACGAAAGAGGUGCACGGACGAGUGCGUACUCGCACCUUACUUUCCUGCAGAUCAGCCUUUGAAGUUCGCUAUUGUUCAUGCACAUUUCGAUAUAGUCAAUGUCAUUGAGUUACUGCACGGGAUUCCAGAAUCGUUCCGAUUGUCUGUGGUGAAAGAUUUGGUUCUCCAGGCCAUCAUCAAGGUCGCGAAUUCCCGGACGAGGAUGAUGUUACGUCAGGUUGAAGGAAGGCCCCCCUAUGCUUCGAGGUCGGAUAUAAGAUAUGUCGAACAGGUUUCGGAAAUACUCCGAGGACAAGAAGCGUAUGAGACUGACUUAUGGUUCAUGCCACUAAGAUAUCGCAGGGCUCGCCAGAAUUGAGCUUAGCGGAUCUGGUGAUCUGGUUGGCCUUCGAGGUCGAGAUGGCUUUCGAGGCCAAGGCGAGGAUGAAGUGUCCGGCUGACGGAUGCUCGGGCGAUGUUUCGUCGACGAAUAGAAGAUUUAUGAAGUUUCAGGAAAAGGUUUCGGAUUAACUACUUCGAGAAUAAGAAGAAGCGCAUGAGACUGACACAGGGGCCAAGUGCGCAGCUCAUCAUUGGGACGCUAUGAGAUUGAACAGAGCAGGCCGAUCGACGCUCAUCAUUGGGACGAACGCGUGAUGCCGCACUUCCAGCGAAUAGCUGUAGAAUAGGCCGUAGUCAUCAAGAUCUUGAUGUAUGUGAUCGCCGUAGCUUCGUGCUCAGCUGAUGAUAUUGAUAGGCGAGGGUUCAAAAACUGUGCAAUAUGAGCAGACCGCUUGUUGAAGUGCUGUUGAUAUGGCAUCAUUGUCGCAAGAGAAAUUGAUAUGGCAUUACUGAUCACUAGAUCAUCACUUGAUAUAAAUUUGUUGCAAUGAUAGACAGCUUCGUCGAUAGCAAUUUGUGCUAUACUUAUCGUGCAGUAUUUCGAGCCGCUCUUGACAAUACUUAUUUUGGAUGGAAUUUUUAGCCAUUAGAGUAACGACGCCGCUUGCAGCCAGGGCAGAUCAGACAUCUGUCAUUAGACAAAUCGGUAACGUCAACAAAAUCCUUAGCAAUAUCGU